UUACAGGCUGUGUUCUCCACCGGGCGGUCGGUCGGGCUACUCUACUCUGAAUUUACAAAUGAUACUAUAAUAUGAUGUGAAAGUAGCAAGAAAGAUCUCCUUAGCCAGGCAUGUUGUUUGUUUUGGAUAUUAUGGAAAAGCAGGGAACAUGCCAAGAUUGCUGCUUCAACUGGAUACUCAAAGCUUUUAAACCAAACUUAAAAAGAUGUCCUGAUGCGGCACUCCAAACAGUAAACGUUACCCUGCUGUAUCCCUCAUCUCAACCUGCUCCUCCUCCUCCUCCUCCUGUACUUCCUGCUCCUCCAGAACAGACUAUUGGUACCGUUGGUUCCUUCCUUGGGUCCCCAACCCUCACUCGGCCGGUUGACAAAUCUCUGCUUUCCCCCUCUUCUCCGCUCCCCCGGUCCUCGUCCCUGAACCUCCUCUCACCCCCCCGGUCCUCGUCCCUGAACCUCCUCUCCCCCCUCGCCCCAGUCUUCGCCCCACUUCCCCACGUCCCCGGCAACAUGUCCAUCGCCCUGAAGCAGGUCUUCAACAAGGACAAGACCUUCCGGCCCAAGCGUAAGUUUGAGCCGGGGACGCAGCGUUUCGAGCUGCAUAAAAAGGCCCAGGCGUCGCUGAGCUCCGGGGUUGACCUACGGGCGGCGGUAGCUCUGCCCCACGGGGAGGAUCUGAACGACUGGGUGGCCAUGCACGUAGUUGACUUCUUCAACAGGAUAAACCUCAUCUACGGGACGGUGUGUGAGUUCUGCACGGAGAAGAGUUGUCCGGUCAUGUCCGGAGGUCCUCGGUAUGAGUACCGAUGGCAGGACGAUCACAAGUACAAGAAACCAACGGCUCUACCGGCUCCCAAGUACAUGAACUUGCUGAUGGACUGGAUCGAGGUUCAGAUCAACAAUGAGGAUAUCUUCCCCACCAGCAUGGGUGAGUACUCUGGGUCUGCUGUAACUAUAUGCACAGUGGGGCAAAAAAGUAUUUAGUCAGCCACCAAUUGUGCAAGUUCUCCCACUUAAAAAUACGAGAGGCCUGUAAUACUUAUUUUCCACCAUAAUUUGCAAAUAAAUUCAUAAAGAAUCCUACAAUGUGAUUUUCUGGAUUUUUCCCCCUCAUUUUGUCUGUCAUAGUUGAAGUGUACCUAUGAUGAAAAUUACAGGCCUCUCUCAUCUUUUUAAGUGGGAGAACUUGCACAAUUGGUGACUGACUAAAUACUUUUUUGCCCCACUGUACAUCAGCCACACUCAACAGACCCAGACUUUUUUUUAGGAACUAGAAGCAGUGCUAGUGGGUAAUAUCACUCAGCAAACAAGGCCAGUAAAAACAAAUCCAUUAUAAUAACCAAUGUAGUGAUAUUUGUGUUGUUUGCUUUAUAACCCAUUGGUUCAUACGCGACUGUGAUAUACAAUAAGACCCGUGAUAUACAACCAAAAGACAACAGCCACACAGCGGCAGAAUAAAUUCAACCACACCUUCUGUUUCAUCACAAAACCGAAGAACAACAAUCUGUCCGAUGAAGUCCACAAAGCAAAUAACGAAUGUAUUGUACCGGCAGGGUAGCCUAGUGGUUGGAGUGUAGAGGUGGCAGGGUAGCCUAGUGGUUAGAGUGUAGAGGUGACAGGGUAGCCUAGUGGUUAGAGUGUAGAGGUGACAGGGUAGCCUAGUGGUUAGAGUGUAGAGGUGACAGGGUAGCCUAGUGGUUAGAGUGUAGAGGUGGCAGGGUAGCCUAGUGGUUAGAGUGUAGAGGUGACAGGGUAGCCUAGUGGUUAGAGUGUAGAGGUGACAGGGUAGCCUAGUGGUUAGAGUGUAGAGGUGACAGGGUAGCCUAGUGGUUAGAGUGUAGAGGUGACAGGGUAGCCUAGUGGUUAGAGUGUAGAGGUGGCAGGGUAGCCUAGUGGUUAGAGUGUAGAGGUGACAGGGUAGCCUAGUGGUUAGAGUGUAGAGGUGGCAGGGUAGCCUAGUGGUUAGAGUGUAGAGGUGACAGGGUAGCCUAGUGGUUAGAGUGUAGAGAUGACAGGGUAGCCUAGUGGUUAGAGUGUAGAGGUGGCAGGGUAGCCUAGUGGUUAGAGUGUAGAGGUGACAGGGUAGCCUAGUGGUUAGAGUGUAGAGGUGGCAGGGUAGCCUAGUGGUUAGAGUGUAGAGGUGACAGGGUAGCCUAGUGGUUAGAGUGUAGAGAUGACAGGGUAGCCUAGUGGUUAGA